UCUUCUUCCAGGGUCAUCAAUGGAGCCUCCAGGGGUUGAAUCUUAGUCCCUCCCAUGUUGAGGCCCUCCUUCCAAUUUUGGAAUGGCAACUCCAUCGCCGAACCCUCCACCAGACCUCCCUUUCGCCGCCACUUUGUUCCUGCCCCUCCCCGCCAUCGUCUUCUUGGCCGUUGGUUUCUACCUUCUGCUCCUGAUGCUGGUCUUGGUCCUGCGACAGUGCCUGCUGGCCCGUGGCCUCUGUGCCAACUGCUGUUCGUGCCAAAAGGGGUCUUUGCCAAGUGUAUGCGAAUGUUGUUUGGCCUGUGCAGAGUCAUGUGACUGUGCCCUCCCUUCCCCAACUCGCUGUCUGGAUGACUGCUGCCGCUGCACUAGCGGUUGGGACAGGGGGUCUUGCUCCACCCUGCCCAGCUGGUGUCCACUCUGCGACUGUGCCUGUGCCUACCAGCCCCCAGACUGUCAGAGCAUCAAUUGCAUUUGCUUCGAGAUAAAAUUGCGAUGAGGGGCUCUCAACCUGAAAGUUACAGGAAAUUACGCCCAUGA